ACGGUGAAGUGUUUGAUUUCGUGGUGGCUGGUGCUGGAUGGGCCGGAUGUGUGGUUGCGAAUCGCUUGAGUGAAAAUUCAAAAUGGAAAGUUUUAUUGGUGGAAGCUGGUGGCGAUCCGCCUUUUGAAUCCGAAGUGCCGGUGAUGCUGGAAGCUCAUCAGCACACCGAAUAUGAUUGGCGAUUUUAUGCCGAAUCAAAUACAUCAUGUAAAGCAUUAUCGGAUGGAAAGUGUUUUUGGCCGCGUGGAAAGUGCUUGGGUGGUACAUCGUCUAUAAAUGCAAUGCUUUAUGUUCGUGGUAACGUUCGCGAUUUCGAUCGCUGGGCUGAGAUGGGAAACAAUGGAUGGGAUUACGACAGUGUUUUGCCGUUUUUCAAAAAAUGCGAAAACAAUCACUUUUCACAAUUUGUUUACAAAGACAAUGGACGAUAUCACAGUGACGCAGGUCCAUUAAAUAUCGAUUUUUACGGCGAUAAUCCAGUGGCAAAAACGUUCAUAGAUGCUGGAAUCGAAGACGGUUACAAAUUCAUAAGUAACAUAAACGCCGAUGAAUAUAUUGGAUACACAAAAGUGCAAGGCACCUGUUAUCAGGGUCGUCGACAAAGUUCGGCCAAAGUAUUUUUGGCAACGGCAAAAAAUCGAACAAAUCUUCAUGUGCUGAAAUAUGGUCUCGUUCAAAAGGUUCUGCUAAACGAAACGAAUGGAGCCUACGGCAUUGAGUAUGUCCGUAAUGGAAAGAUCAUAAAAGCCUAUGCCAAAAAAGAAGUUAUUUUAUCAGCCGGAGUGAUCAUGUCGCCGGUGGUUUUAAUGCUGUCUGGCAUUGGUCCGAAAGAAGACUUGGAAAAGCAUAAUAUUGCACCAAAGUGUGAUUUGCCGGUUGGAAAAAACCUUCUCGAUCAUGUUCACGUUGAUCCACCCACUGCUACCGAUAACAUUUACAAUUUUGCGAUUCAUGGUACAGGUGGAUUGACAAACUUUGGCGUUGGCACUUUAUCCGCAUUCAUUAAUACAGACAAAGCCGAAAAAUUUCCGAAUAUUCAAUUGGCGUACUUUUGGUUUACGGAAAAUGCACCCAACCUGCCUACUUACAUAAAAGGACGUCCGCUUAGUGAUGAAAUUGCUAAAAAGCUAAUGGAAGUUAAUCAAAAUCAUGACAUUGGAGUGGUUGCCAUAUCACUACUUCAUCCGAAUUCAACGGGUUCCAUACAAUUGAACAGUAGCUCGAUUCAUGACAAGACAAACAUUUAUCCAAACUAUUUUAACGUGCCAAGUGAUUUAAAAACGAUGAUCAGUGCUAUUCGUCAUCAAAUUUUUUACACGAAUAGUCAGUCUUAUUCGGCGAAACAUGGAGAGGUUAUUAUGUUUCCAUUGAAGGAAUGCAGUGGAAUUGAGUAUGAUAGCGAUGAAUAUUGGAAAUGCUAUAUCACGUACAUGGCUGCAACUGAAUACCAUCAUGUCGGUACCUGCAAAAUGGGCACACAAUCAGAUCGGGAUUCAGUGGUUGAUGAAAGACUUAGAGUUCACAGCGUAUAUGGACUUCGUGUCUGCGACGCAAGCAUAAUGCCAAUACAGGUGUCAAGACAUACAAAUGCACCAGCGAUGAUGAUUGGAGAAAAGGGGGCCGAUUUCAUUAAAAAUGAUUAUUUGUAA